CCUGGGCUGGGAGGGGGCGACGCUGAAAUGGGGGCAGCGGCCGCGGAAGCGGAUCGCACUCUGUUUGUGGGCAACCUUGAGACGAAAGUGACAGAGGAGCUCUUGUUCGAGCUUUUCCACCAGGCUGGGCCAGUAAUAAAGGUGAAAAUUCCAAAAGAUAAGGAUGGUAAACCAAAGCAGUUCGCAUUUGUAAAUUUCAAACAUGAGGUGUCUGUUCCUUAUGCAAUGAAUCUACUUAAUGGAAUCAAACUUUUUGGAAGGCCCAUCAAAAUUCAAUUUAGAUCAGGAAGUAGUCAUGCCUCACAGGAUGUCAGUUUGUCAUAUCCCCAGCAUCAUGUUGGACAUUCAAGCCCUACCUCCACUUCUCCUAGCAGUAGAUACGAAAGGACAGUGGAUAAUGUGGCUCCAUCAGCACAGAUGAUCCAGAGGUCUUUCUCGUCUCCAGAAAAUUAUCAGAGACAAGCAGUGAUGAGCAGUGUUUUGAGACAGAUGUCAUAUGGUGGGAAAUUUGGUUCUCCACAUGUGGAUCAGUCAGGAUUCUCACCAUCAGUUCAGUCCCAUAAUCAUGCUUGUAUCCAGUCAUCAAGCUCCCAGUGGUGCCAGGAUACCCCGUCGUCACGGCGUAAAGGCAGGCAGAAUUCUCACCCCUACCUGGCAGACAGACAUUACAGCCGUGAACAGCGGCACUCUGAUCACGGGUCUGACCGCCACUACAGAGGCAGCCACGAUGAUUUCUUCUAUGAAGACAGGAACCAUGAUGGCUGGAGCCAUGACUAUGAUAACAGGAGAGACAGUAGUAGAGAUGGAAAAUGGCGUUCGUCUCGGCACUAACAGGUGUUAAAAGGACGAUGUUUUAUAGGGUCAUUUUAGGCACUUUUGACUAAGUUGGUCUGGAAAUAUUUUGUUUAGAAACUGUACAGAGCAGCUUUACAAGUUGCCACCUUUCUUUAUAAAUUUUUUUUAAAGCUGAUAGCUACAAUUUAAUACAGAAAGGAAGAUUGUGGUUCUACUUUUAUUACAUUAAUAACCUUUCACCUCAGGGUUUUAAGCAAAGGAAAGUGCCACAUCUCUUUAGACAGUUUAGGAAGGGUGGAUUA